CAACCAUUCAUAAAACAAAAAUUUAAAUAAGUAUGUGGAAAGUGACUGGGGAAGAGACUUGAUACCCAUGUCUGGCCUCCACAUGUGUGCAGCGCACAUAGAAAAGAACUCUGACUUGAAGCUGUUUCCCUCUUUACUGUGGUCCUUCAGGUGUAAAUUACCUGGGAUUUGCUGCAUAAUCAUGUGGUAUAAUGUAAAUAUGACUUUUGUAGGCUUAGAACCUUAAGUCCCUACAUCCUGUAACAUGGUUGAAAUAAUGACACUGGAAACUCUAGAAAAGUGACCCUUUCUAUUUUCAUAGCUGAUGACUGGUUUAAUUGAGAAGGCCUAUAAUGUGAUGCUUUGGGGCCUUCUCAUUGUUUGAGUAGUGUGAGGUAUGGUUCAGGCUGAAUCCUUAUAUUAGUAUACUCUCCUAGGAGCCAUGCGGGGCCAGCGAAGUCUGCUGUUGGGCCCAGCACGCCUCUGCCUGCGUCUCCUUCUGCUCCUGGGCUACCGGCGUCGAUGCCCACCUCUGCUCCGGGGCCUGGUACAGCGCUGGCGUUAUGGCAAGGUUUGCCUGCGCUCCCUGCUCUACAAUUCCUUUGGGGGCAGUGACACUGCUGUCGAUGCUGCCUUUGAGCCUAUCUACUGGCUGGUGGACAAUGUGAUCCGCUGGUUUGGAGUGGUGUUUGUGGUGCUGGUGAUCGUGCUGACCGGGUCCAUUGUGGCCAUUGCUUAUCUGUGUGUCCUACCCCUCAUCCUGCGAACCUACUCGGUACCACGGCUCUGCUGGCAUUUCUUCUACAGUCACUGGAAUCUGAUCCUCAUCGUCUUCCAUUACUAUCAGGCCAUCACCACUCCUCCUGGAUACCCACCCCAGGGCAGGAAUGACAUUGCUACUGUCUCCAUCUGUAAGAAGUGCAUUUACCCUAAGCCAGCGCGAACACACCACUGCAGCAUCUGUAAUAGGUGUGUGCUGAAGAUGGAUCACCACUGCCCCUGGCUAAACAAUUGCGUGGGCCACUAUAACCAUCGCUACUUCUUCUCUUUCUGCUUUUUCAUGACUCUGGGCUGUGUCUACUGUAGCUACGGAAGUUGGGACCUUUUCCGGGAGGCUUAUGCUGCCAUCGAGAAAAUGAAACAGCUUGACAAGAACAAACUACAGGCGAUUGCCAACCAGACAUACCACCAGACUCCACCACCUACCUUCUCCUUUCGAGAAAGGAUUACUCACAAGAGUCUUGUCUACCUCUGGUUCCUGUGCAGUUCUGUGGCCCUGGCCCUGGGUGCCCUAACCAUGUGGCAUGCUGUUCUCAUCAGCCGGGGUGAGACUAGCAUCGAAAGGCAUAUCAACAAGAAGGAGAGACGCCGGUUACAGGCCAAGGGCAGAGUAUUUAGGAAUCCUUACAACUACGGCUGCUUGGACAACUGGAAGGUGUUCCUAGGUGUGGACACAGGAAGGCAUUGGCUGACCCGGGUGCUGUUACCUUCUAGUCACCUGCCCCAUGGGAAUGGGAUGAGCUGGGAUCCUCCUCCCUGGGUGACUGCUCACUCAGCCUCUGUGAUGGCCGUGUAAGCCACAACUUGAACAUUGUUCGAUGUUUAUCGUCUCUCAAGAGCUUCCAAGGGCAGCUUUUCCUGGAAUCCAUGACCAUAAGAGCCAUUAGGCUGCCUUAGAGUACUACACAGGGACAAUCAAGAGCAAUCUUCUGCCACCUCAGAGCAAGAUGCAGUGUGGAGAAACUCAAUGAUUGAAGUCCCUUUACUCAGGCAAAUAAGUUUUAGCCCCAGACUAGGAGUCAGGUAAUGAGCUCUAGGUCACAGCACUGGGGCUAGACACCGUUUCUUUGACUUUGGGAAAAGAUCCAUCAGGUGUGUUCUGGCUUCUCAAUGGGAUAAAGAACCUAAGCCUAUUGCCAAGGUCACUGCCAUUUCUCACGUGCUACGGAAGGAGCGAAAAUAAAGGCAUUUGAUUUGUAAA